AUGCGCAUUAUCGCGGUGACGACAUACCACCUCGAGGCAGCGGACGGUGCUGAGGACUGACGUUAACCUCGCGUUUCUUGAAUUUUAUUUUAGUGGCUAUCUUCAGUCAGACAUUUAUUUUUCACUGGUCUAGCAUCAGAUAUGGCCCGUGGGCACCAGAAGUUCCAGUCCCAGCAGAAGAAUGCCAAAAAGCAGGCAGACAUCAAGAAGAGCAAAGGCCAUGACCAGAAGGCAGCAGCUAAGGCUGCUUUAGUAUACAUGUGCACAGUGUGUCGGACACAAAUGCCCGACCCGAAGACCUUUAAACAGCACUUUGAAAGCAAGCAUCCAAAGUCUCCAAUGCCCCCAGAGCUGGUCGAUGUGGAGGCGUAACAGAUUCACCUCUUUCAGUAAGACAGUUGGGGCUGAUUCAUCACAGGCUUCUACAUUUUGCAAUGUUUCAGAUAAAAUAUCCUCAGUACAACUUCAGUUAUUCCUCAUGCUACUUAAUUUGGUAAUUAAUAUAUGGGUGUUUUAUGCAGCGGUACUACUUGCCUGCCUGCCUGCCUGCCCGCCAGCACAUGGUCUUAUUUCCAGAUUGGAUUUUUUGCAAAACUAUCCUCACUCACCAGAAUUCGAUCCAGGGCCAGUACUGAAGGUAGACGCACAGCAGACUGCUACCCUGUCUUGACUUGUGCUAAAAAUAUAUAUAUAUGUAUGUGUGUGUUCCAUUUUUGACUGUAUGCAAUAUUUCUAUCUGAUCAUUUCAAAAUGUUAUACUCAUAAGACCAGCUUGUCCAUGGGCUCUACCAGCAUUACAACCAUCUCAGGGCUCCCACGUUUUCAGGACAAGCUUUGAAUUUAGAAGAGAAUGAAUUGGCACUGGCCCAGCUGAACAAAGUUGUAAUACUAAAAUGAUGAUUGGAAGCAUCCAAAUCCAAUGUACUAUAAAUCUCAUUUUGGAUUUUUGGCUGAAACGUAAGUUGCGAUGCGCCAGGGUUGGGUUCCUAAUUAAAGUUUAUUCAUAAUGACUCUGGAGUUCAUAAUGUACUGUACUUUGAAAGACAAAGACAAACUCAUUCUAAACCACUAAUAAUGUGUUCUUUUGAGUAGAUUGAGAUUUAAUUUCAAUCUGCACUGACUUUUUACCUUUCCUUGAUCAUUUAAAGAAUUCCAAGACAAGUAUCUAGUUUUUGUUGAUAUGAAGAAUAUAUUACACAUUGUGCUACACGGGUACUGAAAUUGUGUGUUGCAAUUUCCCCUCAGAUUUCCAUGAAAUGUAUCUAGUUCAUGUCCACUGUGUAACUUUCUCAUGUGCAAGUUGUAAAAGUUGACCAGAGAGGGCGCUGCAAGUCUACUCAUGGCAAACCCUUCCAUGACACAAUUUCUCCAACUCCUCAUAGAGCAAUGUGAUGACUGCACAAAGCAUUUGUUUGCGAGUGUUUGUUGAGUGAAUCAGGGUGAAGAUAAGUUUUCACUGGAUGUUGUAAAUGAUGGCACUAUUGAGAUACUUCUAUCCUAUCCAGGUUUGUCGUUGUAAAAAGACGUACGUGGCAUAAUCGUGUUCACUACGGUAGUAUUUGAUAACGAUUCAGUCUAUCACAAUUGUGGAACCACUAGUCAUCUCAGUGGCAUACGAUCCCAAGUGCAGUCUCAAACUCUUUAGUGUUAUUCCCUCAUUAUGGUGCAAAAGUAUUUAGACUGAACUACAUUACACUGUAAGUUAGCUUUGGUUCUUAUUUUUAUAUUAGUUCUUUUCAUAGCAUGCUAACAGACGGAGAAUUAAUUUAUAGAAAUUAACUAUUUUCUAUGCAUUUGGACCGACUGGUCAUUAACCACUGACAUUGUAUCACUGUGCUAAAGUCUGGACUGACAACCAGCCAUGUUUUUACUUUUGUAUUAAUAAUCAUAUCUUUGUCCAUGCAAUGCUAUGUCUAGCUUUUAAUAAAGGUGUUACUUUUAUAUGAACCAUUA